GAGCAUGCGCCGUAGUGCUAAUCAAAAUGGCGGACAAGUAGUGAAAUUAGAAAUUUUAUCGUUUAGAGUGACACUAUGAGCGCGUUGGGGGGAUUUGGUCGCAGCGGUGGACGCGCAAGGCCUGAUCCACUCGGUCAGAGGUCUUGGAAUAAGGGUAAGAAGCCGGCAGCUUUAUCUUCAAGUGCCACAGACGAUGACUUCUACAGCAGUCUCGCUCAAAUGGCCGGUACGGAGCUGGAGGAGGAAGAGGACUCGUCGCUAAGUGAGACCGAUGCUCGUCAGAUGGCUGACAGUCUUGCUGGGAUGGACGACUUGGAUUCAGACUUGUUCGGCAGUUCUCUAAGAUCAAAUAAAACGCCCAGCAAAGCUACUUCUCCUAAACCGACCGCCCCUGCUACUAGACCGACCAGCACCUCUCCCAAACCGACCACCGCCUCCACUAAACCGACCAGCCCACCUUCACAAGCAGCCAGAACGCGGAACACUGCUGAAAAACCAGAAGAAAAACCGGCAUCUUUUGGUGCGGCAUCACCCAGACCAGCAUCUAAACCGGGCCAGCCGGGGAAGAAGUUUAAUAUCAACAAGUUCAAUUCCCUUGAUUUCGACGAGGACGACCCCUUGGCUGGCCUUCUCUCUGACGAUGAAGACGCUCCUGUGAAACCAAAGCCAAAAAAAGCUGCGCAGAAAAAAGCGGUUAGGCCUGAUCCUGAACCUGUCAAACAGGAAAUGGAACCUGCGAAACCAGAUCCACUUCCAAAACAAACAGGUGCAAAGAGUGCUGCUAAGCCCAAGGAGGAUAUCAACUUUGACUCGGAUGGGGACCUACCGGGACUAGACGGGACCCCGCGGGAAUCCGCUUCCCCACCCCCCAAGGGCAGAGGUCGCCAGGCCAAACCUGAGCCUGAUCUGUUCGGCGACGAUGACGAUGGGUUACUUGGUCUUGAUGAAGACAAGCCCGGGGUUAAGCGCGCUGCCGCUGCUGAAGUGAAAGACUCGCCUUCCGAUCGCUUCAGCGCCUUGCUUGGAGGGAAGAAAGAGGAGCAGAAGAAAGCCCCGCCCCAGUCCUUGGAUGAAUUCAUGGCUAACAUCAGCACUAAGCGGCCCGACGCCAAACCGCCUGCUGCUAAGAAGGCUACAAGCCCAACCUCUGAGGAGUCCUUCCAAUUCGGCGGCUACAUGCCUUCGGCCGCUUCCACACCUGGACGAGCCCGGACAGGCAUUUCAAGACCGGACACAGCACCCGGGUCUGGCCGCCGCUCCGUCCGGUUUGCGGAUGAUCUUGGGCUGGAUGAUGACAUCUUGGGGAGCAGCCGCCCCAGGACCGCGCCCAGUAAUCGGGGUCGUGCGGUGUCUAGCAGGGGAGCGGACGAGCCCGAGACCGAGAGGGGUGGCUCGUUCUUGGAUGAGGUAGCCUCCCCACGGCGCGACACAGCAAGCCCAGAAGGCAAGCCUGGCGGGGGGGCAGGCGCUGAUUGGCUAGGUCUGGGUACUGAGGAUCCAGGCCUGGAGCUACCUCUUUCACUGCCCAAGCGAACUCCGGAACAGGCUAAACCGGUAUCGCAGUCUAAACCUACUAAACCUGUUUCACCAGCUGCUACGGAACCGACUUCAGGAGGGAGCAAAUCCCCGGAUGAGACCCCGACCAGAAUACGAAGGCGAAGCAGCAAGGAGAGCGACGACUUCCUCAAAAUGUUAGGCAUCACUCCUGAUGAAACGGACAAACCACAGGCAGCCCAAGGCUCAAGGUUGCCAUGGGAAACGAGCGGGCGGAGGGGCAGGCGAUGGCAGGAGCAAUCCAGUACUGAGGGGGACUCCCUGGAUUCAUCAUCCACCCAACACCCGAAGCAAACGGCGGCUACUCAGCAGAAAAUACCGAAUAUGGACAAACCGACAUAUCAACCAGACACGCCCCAUAGUACCCUAGCAACGGCAACGCCUGCAAGCCAAACCAAUGAAACUAGAUCACCAUGGAAGCAAGACACACUGGCAACAGACACGCCUUCAAGCAAUACCUUGACAACCAGAAUACAGCCAGGGAACCAAGCCUUGAUGAAUCAACAACCACAGGGAUCCCAAACAAGACACAAUGAUCAGCCCCCCGUUCAUACCCAGGCUUUACCUGCAGGUCAGCCACAGGCAACCCAACAACAAGAGCAGAUUCAGAGUGCACCCGAGACACCCGCACCACAGGGCGCCCACCAGGUAUUAUCACCAGGCCCUAGCAUCCAUCUUCCUGGUACCUCGGCAAUACCACAGGGUAACCAACAGACGCAACCCCAUGACCCGCGUUUCAACCUUGCGCCUGGUGCCAUGGUAACGCAAGGACAUUUUAGCCCAGGCUACUACCCAGUGCAGAGCACCCCAGCCCCUGCACCACAGGCAACCCAGCUUCAAAGCUUCAGCAAUGUAUCGACAGGGUUUGCACCACAGGGAGUCCAAUCUGAUUAUGGACAGUUACAAAACAAGUUACAUCAUCUCCAGAUGGAGAGGGACCACUUGCAGGCGACCUUGGAGUCACUCAAGCAGAGGCACCAAUCAGAGCUUGAGAGCAUACAAACCUCUCACAAGGCCCACGUGAAGACAAUCGAGGAGUCGUACGAGCGACGUGAGGCGCGCAUCAAGGAAGAAUCCGACCUCCAGAUCAACUACUACACGGAGCGCCUGCGGUCAAUGGAACAAGAGCUAGCGGACAAUCAAUCUGCACAUGCACGCAAACUCCAGCUUCUGGAGUCUCAGUGGACUGGGGAGAGCGAGAGGCUGAGAGAUCUUCACCGGAAGUCGUUGGAAGAUGCACGCACAGAGCAUGCUCAGGAGAUCGCACACCUGAAGAGACUGAAAGACGAGGAGGUGGCAGUGGCAACAAGCGCGCAUGCGCACACGAGGUCACUCCAGUCCUUGAUGGAGCGAGUGAUGAGCUCGACCCGUGACGUCAGCGACAUGCGUCAGCAGCUGGAGACGACGCACAAGUCAGGCAUGGAGGAGAGGGAGACGGUGGCGCGGGCCCGGGACGAGUAUCUCGCCCAGCUACACGAUAGGCUGGUGCGCCAGCAGGCGGAGACGGAGGAGGAGCGAACACGGCUGCAAGGUCUGAUAGCUAAGAUGGAGCUACAUCUCAGAGAACAGACUCGUCAGUUGGAUCAGGAGAAAUGGCGCCUUUCUGCCGAGGAAGCUCGGGUCAAAACACUUCAGAACUCUCUGGAAACCGAGCGUCGCAUGACAAUGGAGCAGCUUGCCGAGGAGAGAGCAGAUGUACAGCGGUUACGCGAAGAGUUUAUGCGCGAGCAGCAGCGCGUCACGUUACAUCUGCAGGAAGAAAAGCGCGCGCUUUCCACCGAGCGUGCGCAGUUAGCGUCAACACACCGAGAGCUAAUGACGAGGGAACGGCACAAGACAGACACAUCAAUACAGGCUGAAGCAGACCUAGAGGCUACUGCGACGGCUGUCAAGCAAGAUGCUGCUGCCCUGAGUGUUCGGCAGGCUCAGAUGAAGCAGCAGGAGGAGAGCCUGGCGCGAGAUAAGCGUGAGUUCGAGCGGCGGAAGGAGUCAUUUGAGGAAGAAAAAGACCGCAUCGGCAAGCUGAGUCUGGAGGUGCAGCAACGCUCUCAGGAGAUUGGCGAGCUGUGCGCGGAGGCAACGCGCGUGCGGGAGGAAGGAGAGGAAGCCUUGGUGCUAGCAGAACGGCUCCGAGCAGAGAAUGGAAACGAGCAGGCCGAGCUGGAUAAUCAGUUGGUUAUUUUACAAGAGAAGGAGCGCCAACUAGCGGAGGAUCGUGUGGCUAUUGCACAUGAGCGCCGAUUGCUGGAGAUGGACAAGAGAGCAGGACGUUGCCGAGAGUGUGCAGAAAGACACUCGCCACCCCUCCCUCGCACAGUAGCCGACUCGCCUGUAAUCCCUGCGGAGGCCCUUUACUCCCCCCAGUCUCCAGGCCGUGGCCGCACGCCAGACAUCUUGCUGAACAGCCUGGAGUUGAAGCGAGCCCUCAGACGCUGGUCCAGCGACAAGGAGAAGGAUGAAGAGUUUCUUGCUCAAGAAUCGCGUUUUCUCAAUCGGCUUCAGACAUCGCGGGACUCGGCAAGAAGUCGGCAGUCACUCGUAACCACUCCAACACAGUAGAAAUGUUACCGAGCAUCGCACCAGUUUACUUCCGGAGGGCCGACGGAAACCUCAGCCAACAACAACAACAAAAAAAUCUAUUAGAAUCCGCGCUUUUUAACAGGCCACCCCCUAAGUUUCUCGUUUUUCGGAGAUUGUUACGUAACUGUUACGUAACAAAAAACUGGUUAUAAUGUCGCUGUAAGCGACAACAGCUUAGAACGCCAAAUAAGUCUAACGAGCUAAGUGUUCUUGAAUCGAACACAUGGUUUAAUCAUGAAGUCAUCUCACAUGGCAUGAUGCAUUUCCCCACAUAUUCCCACAACACUUUGCGACGCGUGCAGGAAACAGAAGGAUAAAAACAAACUUUGCCAUCUUGUUUACAAUUUUGACGCCUUACCUGUAUCUGAGAUUUGGCUCAGAUAGCGACAAAAAUAUUGUAUUGUUAGUCUAAUGCGUUCUGAAAUGCAGAAUCAAAUUGUGUUAAUAAUGAUAACCUUAAAUAUUAUUGCUAUUAAUCAUUUCUGAAAUUGUCUUCCUAAUUAUUCAUUAGGUAUUAUAUUUGUAUUUUUGACAUCGUUAAAACUCGUUUAGCCUCAAAUGUUCAAAAUAUAUGGACGGUCGAGCCUCCGAAAAAUAGACUUAAAAAAAAGAUUGUUUACAGUGUAUAGUACCAAUAGGUGUAGGCGACCAGCUAGGCUCGUGACGCUAACACGGCAGUUUGUACAUUUGUAACUUGGUGCGGUCUUGAAGCGCAUUGUGUACAGAAAUAUAUUUUUGUAAGAAAUAUAAAAGCUUUAUGAUAGCCA